UUUUCAGUAUUUGAUGACAAGAAGAAAGUUCUUAUAUCGGGGCCAUCACUUAAGAAGUAUCCAGAGAAGUUGAUCAUCUACUGCAAGGAUUUCCGCGUGUUCUAUUUCUGUCUGACGUACACGAAGGAGGAGGAGCUAAAGAGGAUCGUCAGUGGAAUCAUUCAUCACACACUAAGUCCAAAGCUUCUGAAACGCCUUUUCUUAUUUUCGUACACUCAAGCUGCCCCGUGUUACAUAGCAACCACAAAGGAUGACACCAUGAUGUUUGACACACUGAAGGACUGGAGGCUAGAACUGGACCGCACUAAAGGAAACCUGGGUUACAAGGCGCUGUCUGUCAAUGAGGCAUACAGCGUGUCGAAGAGGUUACCCCCUUACUUUGUGGUGCCCAUAUCUCUGCAGGAGGAGAGUGUUUCUAAAUUUCAAGGAAGGGGAAUACCUAUUUGGUGCUGGUCUAGUCAGCAUGGCACAGCUCUCUGUAAGAUGGGUUCCCUCCCCAAAGAGGUGGAUGACAGCGCCAUCCAGGAACAGAGAGCUUUCCUCAACAGUGUAGAGCAGACACUUCACAGACCUCCCUAUGAAGAAGUGAGAAUUGAGGACCUCUCAAUAAGUCUUCCCUCGCUAUCAGAUGUCCAGGCGGCCUACACGCGCUUUAAACAGCUCUUCCUGAUCGAGAACUCCACUGACUUCUGGGACACAGACUCCAAGUGGUUUUCAUUGCUGAACACCUCCAAUUGGCUGGAAAUAGUCAGGCAGUGUCUUAAGAAAGCCAUUGAAGUCAUCGACUAUUUAGAAACUCAAAAAAUCAAUGUUGUUCUUAAAGAGGACACAGCCUCAGAUUUCUGCUGUGUGAUUGCCAGUCUGGUGCAGAUCAUGAUGGAUUCAUAUUAUCGUACCCGAGCCGGCUUCCAGAGCCUCAUCCAGAAGGAGUGGGUAAUGGGAGGACACCAAUUUCUGGACAGAUGUAAUCACCUUCGGAGCAAUGAGAAUGAGCAGGCUCCUGUCUUCCUGCUCUUCUUGGAUUGUGUGUGGCAGCUGGUGCAGCAGUACCCGCUUGCAUUUGAAUUCUCCGAGACGUAUCUGACUGUCCUGUCCGAUAGCAUCAAUAUCCCCAUCUUCAGUACAUUCUUUUUCAAUUCACCACACCAAAAAGACACACACAAGUGGGAGGACGGGCCGGGUAAACAAAGGGAGGCUUUGAGAUUCUACACGGUCUGGAAUUGGUCAGUGCAGUUUGAAUUGAAGGCUCUGUCCUUCUUAAACAACCCGCUGUACGUGGAAAAGUCAAAACAAGACAAAAGUCGAAAAGGAAUUCGUUCAAAGCAUCAAAGACAGUUGUCUCUGCCUCUUACCCAGUCAAAAGGUUCCAACAGAAAAGGAUUCUUUAGGGAGGAGACUGGACCAUUCAUAAGAAGUCUCCUAGGUAAAAGAAUUAGCAAACUAAUCAGCUCCUCUGAUGAAGUGCCAAGUAACUACAAAGUGUUCUACGAGAACUGGCAUAGGAAACCUAUAGACUUUCAUGGCUUGAUCCUGCCACAUAUUGAGGGACCCGAAAUCCGAAUCUGGGCCCAGCGCCACCUUAGAUGGAUCCCAGAAGCACAGGUUCUUGGCGGGGGAAAUGUGGCAGCCAUGCAGAAAGUGUUGGAGCUAAUGGAUGAGAUUCAAAAUCUAAAGAAAAAGGUGAAAGAAAGGCCGACCACAAACCUUCCAACACCCAAGGAAAAUGAUGACGUAGACGGCAGGCGUAAAAAAGUCUGUCCGGCGCUCAUCUCUUUAUCCAUUUGCUCACCUUCAUAUAAGCUCUUUUAG